AUGCCCUCAUCUUGCAAAGACAUCCCCGAGUGUCUUCAACAAAGCGACUGUAUUAUGGUCCAACGCCACACUGCCGCCGAUUGCCUCCGCCCGCCGCUUGUCGAUACGCUCCCCACCCGCUGCCAGCAAUUGAAGAAGGGAUAUGGAGAGUGUAAGCGCGGUCUGAUUGAUAUGCGCAAGAGAUUCCGCGGCAACAAGCCCGUCGCCUCGAGUGUUGAGCUCGAGGCCGGCGCAGACAACCCGAGCAGACAGCUUUAUGCUGGAAAGAGCGCUUUUGGUGACAUCAAGACCACAGAUGGCAAGGACGCACCCGAGGACGACUCAUGA